ACAGUAGAUGAGCAUUCCUAAACUUAAAAAUGUAAUCCAAAUUGCAAGAAUCAUUAAGAGCUUUUGUGACCAAGCGAAAGAUUCAUAAUGGCUAUGCGACUUGUCUUGGCAUGCCUCGUUUUAGGGGUGGCCGCUACUCAGGCCAAAACUUUACACGAAAUGUUGAAACGUGAUGCCAAUCCAUGCGGUAGUUAUUGCCCAUCUGUAUGUGCUCCUGCUUGUGCACCAGUUUGUUGUUAUCCACCACCUCCUCCACCACCCCCACCCCCACCACCACCACCACCACCACCACCUCCACCACCACCACCAGCACCACUUCCAGGUAAUCCAGGACCUCCAGGACGACCAGGACCACCAGGAGCACCAGGACCAGCUGGACCACCAGGACUUCCAGGACCUCCAGGACCACCAGGAGCACCAGGACAAGGAGGACUUCCAGGACAACCUGCACCACCACCACCACCCUGCCCACCAGUUUGCGUUGCUCAAUGUGUUCCAACAUGCCCACAAUACUGUUGUCCCGCAAAGAGAAAGUAAACUAUUCAUUUUAGCUAGCACAUUUUCUAAUUCAAAUAUAUUCCUGACUCAGACGUUUUGAAAAAAUGUCCACGAUAGCAAUUGAAGCGAUUCAAAGUAGACCACGGGCGGAGAGAUUUUGUUUAUUGAUGAAAAUGGUAGAAGAGAUACGAAAUGAAAUAUAUUAUACAUACAUAUAAUGUACAACGUUAAACUAAUAUCAUUUUCUUUAAUAAAA